ACAGGUACCAGAAGCAGGAAGCGAUCGUGCUCUUGGACACAUUGGGUUCAACAUGCAGGAUCUAACGAUUCUAUUCACAAAGGAUAUUUUUUAAACACACAGAUUUUAUUUAGGAAAGUUUAAGAGACAUUGCGGAGGACGAUGGGCUCGUGUUUGGUUUCUGUGCUCAUUGGACUGAUCUUGAUGCAAAUUCAACAAAACUCAGAGUGUUAUAAAAUUGAGGUGACCCCUCAGCGUGCCACUACAGUAGUCUUCAGAAGAAAAGGUGGACAGGAUCUGGACUGCACUGCAUGUAAGCGUGUAGGCUCAUCUGAAACCUGCCAGAGCUCUGAUCUAAAACUUGAUGAUCCCGAACUUACCGUUGUGAAUUUCAACUGCUCUCAGCCUGCAGAUGUCUUUAAUGUGGAGGUCACCCAGGGUAUUGAGUGCUUCGAAACACGCUGCAACAACAUUGCCAUACAUCCAGACUCUACGCGGUUCUUGGACUUCACCAGAACCUUUAUCUGGGAUGUGAAGGUUCCUUUAUCCAACACUGUCCAACUGGACUUUCCAGCACCAGGAAUGAGGCAGAUCAAACCAUCAGAACACUGUCUUAACAAUCACACUUACACCAUCAUUUCAUACCGGGCGGGACGUACCAGCAUUGGCACGUUUUGUAUGAGCGGUACAAUCAGUCGAAUCCAAGUGUUGUAUAGGGGCCGUGUAUCUUUGGAGGUUCAAAAAGGUACAGACCUGAACCCAUCUGACUUCAAAGUGUCUGUUGGACCCGAGUCAACAAUGUCGGUUGAGGUGGACUCCAAGCUGCCCAGAGGAGAAUCAUUCGAAGUCUUUUUUACACCAGAAUACACAAAAGGGUUCUCGAGGGAAGAUAAAAUCAAAUGGAACUUUGCUGUUGAGCCCUCGCACAAUUUUUCUGUUAAAUAUCUUGAUAAAACUGAACCUGAAUGCCAAACAGGGGAUGUCUCAAUUGAGUAUCUGUUUGAAGACAAGUUUGUGCUCACAAAGACAUUAAAGGACGAUCCCCCGGCCAAUAAAAAUGGAGAUUUCAGUAUGACUCUAGCCAAUUGCCUUGCAAAGACGGGGCUUUCUUUGAACUUCGAAGUGUCUGUGUUUAGAGGUGGAAUUCCAAAACUUUGCAAAGUGGAUCUUCAGAACGAGGAGGGAUUGAGUCUACAAGUAGAAAAGAAAAAUCCAAUGUCCUACUGUGAAAUGAGAAUGAAUUCUCUGGUGCAGGAGAAAACUGUGAUACCCGCGGGGAGCAAAGUUGAGUUGUCCUUCCUCGACUGCUCUGCAGAUGAUCUACAGCUGAUGGCCACCAAAACCAUAGUUUUAGAUUGUCCUAGGGGGCCUCCGUGUGCUGUGAGAAGUACUGAUUUAACUAUUCCAGCGCCAGUCAGUUGUCUGCCUGCCCUUCAACAGUUUACCUGGCUCCUCCGUUUACCGGAAGGAUCCAUAGAUCUGUCCUCCCUUCAGGGAAACCUACAUCAAUCUGUACCAGAGAAAGAGUGUAAUCAAGUUACCUUCCUGGUCUCAGAGAUUGGUGGCUCUAACAUCGGCCAGUUUUGUUCUGAUGGAGAAGGCACUAUCCAGAAAAUCCAGAUCAAAGGGAACGCUUCCAUUACUGCAAUGCCCAAAGGUGCACAGGGCCUGAGUCAGGAGAAAGGACCUCUCUUAAAAGCAAUCUUGAAUCCAGAAUUCUCAGAGAAUGUAGUGUACUCAGUUUCGCCACUUUUUAUGGGAUCCACGUAUCUCACAACACCCAACUGGCCCGAUGGUAUGAUGCCGUCCACCUCCGUCACGUGGACCGUGCUGGUUCCCUCAGAUUACCGGGCGGAGAUAGUGUUCACCAACAUCUCUCAACCGAAGUGCGCCUCGGGUCACGCUGUUGUUAAGAUACAAUCGGUAGACUCUCAGGAGGUUCAGUCCUGGAGAGAAGAUCAAACCCUUCCAUCCAUGGUCAUUCAACAACAAAGCUUCUACCUUAACAUGUCAAACUGUGAACCCAAAAGUGAACGCUUUGCUGUGCUCUCUAAGAUCAUUUUGCAGAGAGAAACCAGAAAGUUGCUGGGUAUUAUCUUGGCAGUAGUCGGGAUUCUCCUGCUCCUGUUAAUCGUCGUACUUAUUGUUGUUUGCGUCAUUCGAAAGAAAAAGAAACCUAGAGCCAACAGAUCCUCCAUCUUUAUGCCCAGAGGAAAGUCCAACCUCCCGGGUAAUGCCACCUUUCCCAAAACGAGAGCAGACAAUGAGUCCCACAUUUACGCCUCAAUUGAGGAUCAACCUGUGGUGGAUGGUAACUCCGGACACUGGGGCAACGGACAUCAGGUGGACACGUACCGUCCGUACACCGGACCCACUGACCCCAUACCAGCGGUUAAGGAAUCUUCUCCCGAAUAUACGCUGGAUAGAGGAGAUGGAAGACCAGAGGAACAAGAAACAUAUCAGCCUUUCCUUAACCCAACCAGCACCUUUAUGCCUGCGAGGCCUCGUACGCCGCUCAUAUCGGUGAGCAGUUUACGAUUCGAAGACCGCAGGAUGGCGCAAAAUGAGCUGAACACUUUUAAGAGCACUGGGGAUAUAAAUCCCAUCCGUUUGUCCACUGAUGAAUCCAGAUUUCAACCGCAACUAGACUCCGAUUCGGAUUCGUUUCACGAGCCAGAAUAUGACGAAACCAUGUAGUGUUGAGCAGCUAAUAUAUACAAGCAUUUCACAGCUGACUUCAUGUACAAUUUGACGAAUAACUGAGUGUACGUAAGUGUCAACUGGGUCAACAAACAACCCAACAGGAACAAGGCAAUUGGAACACACGCUCAUAGAGUGUUUUUUUGCAAAGCUGAUGCUAAAUGCUGGCCGCACUCUCUCACUGCCCUAGUGGUCACACUUGUAUUUUACAUGUUUAGUUUGAUUUUUUAAAUACUUAUUUUAUUGCUUAAUGUACAGAAUUAAUGCUCUUGCUGGAGCUGUUUGUGAACUUUUAAGACCCUCCAUACUUGGACAUUUAGGUUUUAACAGUGGCGGUUUCAUUUUGUAAUUUGGUUACAGGUUCACAGAUAUAAAGUAUUUCUCAUUUAAUUCUUGCUUUUAUGUAUGUUUGUGGAUUCCUAAAAUAAAUUCUCAGGUGUUUUAAUGUA